CGGCAGAUGAAUAAAAUGCGAAUUUGACUCAUAGCUACGAUGGUACAUACUCCAAUACUCCAUUACCUGCAUAUAUAUUAGGUAUAAGUAAAUUUGACCCGCCUUCUUCACUCUCUCACCCUAUUACAAGAGCUUCUAUCGUGAGCAUAUUAGACGUUCUUGGGGUUGGAGAACCGUCUAAUCGCUCCCAUGGCUCUUCAAAUGUCAAGCAUUCGUAUUUCAAGUCAUCUGAAAACCCAAUUGACUACCAAGUUUUCUGGUGUCAGGUUCUACUCGGCGCCGGUCAGUGGAAGCAUCCCGGCCUCGAAGAGAAAAUAUGUCCCAACUAGUGGCACCUACCCCAAAGGGUUCAAGGUAUCGGGAACAAUAGUUGGUGUCAAGCCCAAGAAUACUACCAAGCCGGAUCUUGCAUUCAUCACCUCAGAUACGCCAUGCGCUGCAGCUGCCGUCUUUACCAAGAACAAGUUCCAGGCUGCCCCAGUGACAUUCAGUCGUGCACUGCUCCAAAAGCAGAACAACUCGGGACUUCGAGGUGUCAUUAUCAACUCGGGAUGCGCCAACGCUGUGACUGGAAAGGGUGGCCUCGAGGAUGCCGAGGCCAUGGCCGCGGAGGCAGAUAAGAUCCAAAGUGCCACCAAUGCUACUAUUGUCAUGAGCACAGGGGUAAUUGGGCAAAGGCUGCCCAUUCGGAAAAUCUUGGACGGGAUUCCCCAGGCCCAACAAGCACUUGGUGAUACUCAUAAACACUGGCUCACAUGUGCCACGGCAAUCUGUACGACGGACACAUUCCCCAAGUUGAUUUCAAAGACGUUUCAUCUGCCAUCCUCGUCGUCAAUUGAGUAUCGUAUAGCUGGAACGACGAAAGGUGCCGGUAUGAUCCAUCCAAAUAUGGCCACACUUUUGGGCGUCAUUGCUACUGAUGCGCCUAUCUCACCUGCUGUAAUUUCACCCCUCCUUAAACACGCUGCGGAUCGGUCCUUCAACAGCAUCACCAUCGACGGAGACACCUCUACGAAUGACACGGUCGCAUUAUUAGCAAAUGGAGCAGCGGGCGGCCAGGAAAUCGUUUCGCAAGACUCGGCUGACUUCAAAGCGUUCCAAGACGUUGUCACUGACUUCGCAACCGAUCUGGCUAAGCUUAUUGUUCGGGAUGGCGAAGGGGCUACCAAAUUUGUCACCAUUCGAGUAACAGAGUCCUCAAGUGAGGACGGCGCCCGCAAGAUAGCCAGUACCAUUGCUCGGUCGCCUCUCGUCAAGACGGCACUCUACGGAAAGGACGCCAACUGGGGCCGGAUCCUCUGCGCCACUGGAUACUCGCUGAUCAGCGAACCCGGACACCCCGUGAAUGAGGUAGCGGAGAUUGUGCCGGAAAAGACCAAUGUGUCUUUUGUCCCCACGGAUGGUAGCCCAGAGCUGAAGCUGUUGGUGAACGGCGAGCCCGAGACAGUGGACGAAAUACGCGCAGCACAGAUCUUGGAACACGAGGAUCUGGAAAUCCUCGUAAGGCUGGGAACUGGCAAGAAGGAAGCUACUUACUGGACCUGCGACUACAGCCACGAGUAUAUUACGAUCAACGGUGAUUACCGGACUUAAUUGACGGAAAACUGCCUUUGUGGGAGUCUCGUAUCUGGCUAGAUACCUUCUAGAGGGGAGGGACUACCAUGAUAGCGUUAGGUUUAGCUGGAUGCUAUCUACGAAUUUCAAGGCGAGCAUGGAGGCUCAUAUUCUGUCAGAUCUCUAGUAGUUCUCGAGGUACAUUAUGCUUGUUGAUUGGUAUGUAAUUUAAUGAUUAUGUGAUGAAAGGGGUAAAAAGCAACUGGAAUGAUAAAAGGUUACAAUGCUUUGCGAAUAUUCCGCGGUGGGAUUCACUAAAUAUACGGUAGAUGAAUAAAUGUGACUAUACGCAAUACAGCUACCCCACUAAGCACC